AUGUCAGACUCCCAUAAUCUCAGCUCCCUUACACGCAAGUUGAUUACAUCAACCCGCCUCGCCUCACCACCUCAUCAUGCCACCUUCCCAGACUUAACAGCCAUCAUCGCCGACCUGCAGCUUCACCCAACAAUCGAAGCAAUUCUCCACAUGCUCAACUCAGACUUGACGUCCGCGCACUUUCUCGUUCGGCACAUGCAAGCGCCGCCCGCUGUGGAAGGCAUGCUUCUCCACGGCAUCCUGCACAGAGCCGAGGGAGAUUUCAAUAAUGCCCGGGCCUGGUUCGGCGAUGUGAGAGACGCAUGCGACGGAUUUAAGCCCAAGAAACGCGACGAAGGAGAGAAGCUGGAGGACGAUGUGUUUGAGAAGACGAAAUCGCCUAAGCAGAGUAAUGAGACAUUGUUCUCAUAUGUGUAUGAGGAUGAGGGGGAUGCCAACGCUCUGAUCGACGAUGUUGAAGCUUUCAGAAAGCAGAAGAAGGGAGACAAGGAGGGUUUAGAGGAGAGGGGACGGAGGGAGUUGGAGAAGGUGUUGGAGUGGUGUAAGGGCAAGUUUGGAGAGGAGCCAUGGAAGGACGCGACCAAGGCGUGGGUGAAGAAUAGCGAGGAGAUUAGCAAAAUCAGCGGAGAUAUGUCACGGCUGGCUACCAAAAUCCUGGAACCUGUCGAGUGA